CAUGCCGUCCAGACGCCUCGCCAGCUCGAAGCCGAAGCCGCUGUCGCAGCCCGUGAUGAGCACCGCCCGGUCGCGCAGGGAGACGCGGGGUGCGCGGGUGAGGACCCAGGAGUUCACCACAAGCACGACCACGCUGAGACGAAGUCACUGCUAUCGCCGCCCAAGGGGUUCCAGAGGACAGACGUCUUCGCAAGUGCUCCAGAGUACAGGCGUCAUUCUCCAUGGACGCCAUGGAGAAUGAGGUGGACAUGCGCAGUGAGCUGGAGAAAAUGCAGGAGCGUGCGGACCAGGUCACAGACGAGUCACUGGAAAGUACUCGUCGAAUGUUACAGCUGGUGGAUGAGAGCAAAGAAGCUGGCAUAAGGACACUGGUAAUGCUGGAUGAGCAAGGAGAACAGCUUGACAAGAUUGAGGAAGGCAUGGACCAGAUCAACAAGGAUAUGAAGGAGGCCGAGAAAAACUUAACAGAUUUAGGGAAAUGCUGUGGCCUGUGCGCGUGUCCGUGUGAAAAACUGAAGAACUUUGAGGCAGGUGAUGCCUACAAGAAGGCAUGGGGGAACAACCAGGAUGGAGUUGUGUCCAACCAGCCAGCACACGUCAUGGACGAACGGGAGCAGAUGGCCUGCAGUGGUGGCUUCAUACGCAGGGUGACAAACGACGCGCGGGAGAACGACAUGGAGGAGAACCUUGAGCAAGUGAGCGGCAUGAUCGGCAACCUGCGGCACAUGGCCAUGGACAUGGGCAACGAGAUCGACACGCAGAACCGGCAGCUCGGCCGCAUCAUGGAGAAGGCGGACUCGAACAAGGCACGCAUCGACGAUGCCAACCAGCGUGCCACCAAGAUCCUGGGAAGUGGUUAAGAUCCACGCCUGCAACAUAAUGAUCAUGUGACCAGACGGGACUGCUUCAGCCAGAUGAAGACACACAAUAACAUAUCUCUGCACCUGGCCAGGAAAAAUGCUCUCAACAUACGUGAGGCAGUCAAAAUACUUUAUUAACGAGAAGUGAAAAAAUAAGUUUUUCAAUCAGUUGCUAGGAUUACCUUGUUUUGAGAUCCCAUCUUUAUGCAAUAAUGAUAUACAGUGUGAUCCGUGUAUAGAUGCCCCAUUGAUUUGUCAUGGUCCGCUUACUUUAAUCUCAACAGGUGAUUGAAUAUUGUGAAAGUGAUGGCUUCAUAUCUCACAGAGGAAAGUGUUAACAUAUUACAAAAUUGUAUUAACAGGUGGGUGGGACAUAUGUGUGGGUAUCAAUAAAAGGAUAACCUUAUAUAACAUGAUAAGUGGAUGGUUAUGAAAGAUCACCGAAUCAGAAGAGGGAUUCAUGUGACUUUGGAGGUGAGUUUAAUCUUGUAUCUACUGUGUCUCGUUUUGAAAACUUUUUGGCUGCUUCCUCAUAUAAUACAAAUAUACAAACAUUACCUGUUGAAAACACCAACUAAAACAUUCAAUUGAUUUGCUUCCACUUAACACAUCAUGAAGAAUUAAGAUAUUUCACAACUGGAAGGAUGAAUUGAGUAAUGCCCAGUAAACAUGCAAAGUUGGACCACCGUUUGGCAUGUGGUUGGAACCGUUAGCCAACGUUGGCCCAACGUUCAAUGUUUAUUGGGUGUUUAUAGUAUUUGAAAGAAUAUGAAAACGUUAUGGUAAUGUAUAGCUAUUUGUCAAUCAACUGCUUGAUGAAGGCCUCCCCAUGCCAUAUUGUUCAUGGUGGUUGACUGACAACAGUAGCCCAUGUUGGUAAGUGCGGGAUUAGUGAAGGAGAUGCCCAGGGCUGGUUUAGAUGUCAUUAGCCACUGAUGUUAGCCGUUAACGGGAAUCGAACAUAAAAUACUGGGUUGUUCAUAGUGCAGUGCGGUCAACACUGCACCGUCACUCAGUCUCAUGAAUGUGUGUGGUGUAACUCUUCCACAUGACGUACUUCCUUGCCACUGUCCUUGAUAGUUUUCCAGCUUCGUUAACACAUUCCUGCGGAGGGAGCUGGUAGUAACGUUGAGUUGCUCAGUCAAUGGCCAGGGUCAACGGCGGCGUGGUGUAUUCCGCAAAUAUGCCCGACUGUGAGGGCGGGCAC